AUGCUCGAACAGCUUCCGAACGAAAUAUGGCUUGAGAUACUGGGAUAUUUAUCUCAAAUCGAAAAAUCAUCCUUGAUGAUGGUAUCUCACCAACUUUACGAUAAAACAGUGGCGUCACUCUACCAAAACCUAUAUUUGAACGAAAGACCAAUUAUACACAUCCCAGAAUAUCCUUAUUUUGGCAACAACUGGUCUACGCUUGUGUUUUCUGAAGCAGGGCGAUCAUCAGUUAAGUUUCAAGCGCUAUUCAAUACUCUAAGCAAGAACGUUGAACUUUGCAAGCUAAUAAAUAAGAUACACUGUACUUGGCAUUUAAAUCGGAAUUUAUUGACAAGGUUUACCGGGCUCAUAUGUGAACAUGCGACAAAUAUUACUUAUUUUGAGAACUUUCUAUAUAUCGAAACAUUCGAAACGAUCUCCAAGUCUCAGCUUGCAUCGCAGUUAAAAUCCUUAGACAUAGUCCCGCAUGCAAAACUUCCGGGGCCUGCAUAUGCUUCGUACUUGACUAGCAUAACAUCUAUGGCAAACAAAUUUAAUUGGGCCAAUAUCAAGAGCCUUACAAUAUACUUUGAUGCACUCAUGUGGUUCCCAAACUUUGUCCCACUAUCGGAAAAGUUACAGUUAACUGAACUAUGUUUAAAUCUUCGAAAUGAUUCUUUUCCAGGAUUCGAGAGUGCACCAAGAACAUCAAAAUUUAGUGAUUUAUUUGAUGUGAAUACUUUGGAAAAGCUUUCCAUUUUGUCGUGGUACGAGACGGAAACGUUGGAUGUAUACGAAGAGUAUGGUUUGUUCGAUCUUUCUAACUUUAAAAACCUCAAAGAGAUUUCGUUGUUGUCUAUAUUUUACAACGAAAACUUCCUAUUAUCCUUGUUUUCUAACCUCACUAGAUUGGAACAACUGAAGUUAGACUUUAUGUUUGAUCACGUCUUAUCUAAAGACAUCCUUACCAUUUUAUCUGGCAUCAAGACGUUGAAAUACAUAGAUUGUAAAUUUGACGACUUGGAUGAACCUAUUCUUGACGUAAUUGAACUAGACGACUUUGCAAUAUUUGAACUCAAUCAAAUGUGCCUAUGCGAUAGUUGCAAGCAUGUUUACAGUGACAUUAUUCUCAAAAAAUAUUUCCCUACCAAACAGGCUUUCAUGAUUCAAAACUCGAGUGAUAUUCAUUCUAAACAUUUCAUCAACCAUAUCUUUAAACUCUACCCAAUAAUCCCUUAUUUCCAUUUACUAACAACGUCCCCCUGCAUUGCAUACAGAUCAAAGUCAAUUGAAGAACUCGCUAAGAAGAGUAACGAGCUUCUAAAUGACCUGUUUUACGAAUAUGAAUCUGACACUACUGAUACUAAAAUAACUCCGGAAGAUAUCGUUUCUUUGUAUCAUUGUAUAUGUCAUUCAAUGAGGAGAACUUUCGACUUCUUUCUAAAACUCUUCCCCAGGUUACAUAUACUGGUUAUCAACGAUAUGCCAACUAUCGUUGAUGAACAGGAUGAACAAAAAUUUACGAAGCCAAUAUUUUAUUCAUCUGGUUACGAAAGUAAUCAAGUAUACCAAGUCAUUAACGAUGAAACACUAUUUGAUUAA